CAAAAUUUUCUCACUCAGUCUCCUCUGGGCUCAGAAUGCGUAAGUGCAAUAAGAGACCACCAGUUAGAACCCCAUUUGAGAAGAGCAAGGAGAAAGCAACAGGAUCUUGAUGGCACCAAGAAGAAAACUACCCUCUUUUUUCAAAAUUGUUCCGGGUGAUCAGUUCACUAACAAGUUGAAAAUCCCAAGAGAAUUUCUCCAGCAUUUCCAUGGAAACAUACCUCACCAGUGCCGUCUUCAAACGGCAGCCCGAACUUGGGCUGUCGAUGUGGAAGAGGUUAAUAACAAGUUCUAUUUCCAAAAGGGGUGGAAUGAAUUUGUGCAAGACAAUGGCUUAAAGUAUGGUGAACUUCUAGUAUUCCAUUAUGCUGGAAACUCAGACUUCCAUGUGGAUAUCUUUGGAAAAAAUACCUGUGGAAAGCUGUUUGUAAUGCCUGAGAUAGAAGAAGCUAAUGAAGAAGAUGAUGAUGUAUCUCUUCAAAUCUCAGACGACUCUCCAGAGUCAAGUCCUCCACCACAAAAGAAAUACAAAACAAGUUCGAGUGAUAAAGGACAGAUGAAAAACAAAGAAGCACAUUGGUCCAAAUCAAAAAUGAAAAAGAAAGAUAAAGGAGGCACCUCUAGCACACAAAGAUUCACAAGACAAAAACUUGAGCCACGGUGGAGAGCUCAUGUGAGAGCUGAAGCAUUCAAAUUCAAAAACCCUUCUGCUUUCUUGGUUUCCAUGAAGCCCUCCUACAUCAAGUAUAAAUUUGUGUGGUUGCCAUCAGAGUUCACCAUGCUAGUGAAACCUCUUAUUGAGAACUCUGGUUAUGUUACCCUUCGGGUUUCAGAUGGAAGAGUGAAAACUUGGCAGGCUAAAUUGACUUGUAAUGACGUUACUACCAACAGAAGCAAAUUACAUGGUAGUUGGUCUAAAUUCAUGCGAGACAAUAAUUUGAAAGAGGGUGAUCUGUGUGCAUUUAUGUUGAUUAAAGACACUACAAUUUUAAUCGAAGUUGUCAUUUUCCGGACCAAAGAAGCAGCAACUUGCACCUUCUCCCCAGACAUGUCUGAUAAUGAGGAUCAUGAGAAGGAUGAUGAAGAUGAUGAUGAUGAAGAGGGUGAUGAGGAAAAUGAAGAUGAAGAGGAGGAGGAGGAGGAAGAUGAUGAUGAUUCUCGUGAAACCGUCGACUAUGUUUCUAGUGAUUCUAGUUAGAUUCAUGAUCAGUGACCAAAUACUUCAGGUGUGGUCCCCUGGUGAUAUGGUUGUUUGGUCCCGAUCAUGAAUCUAUGGUGCAUUUACUAAUUAGCAGCUAAAAAUCUUCAAGAGAAGGAUGUGUUUGCUGUAUCUUGGAGCAUACUAUUAUUAUUAUUGAUUCCAGUAAUGUUCUUUUGAACAAGC